UGUUUUUGGUGAAGCUCUCAGUUCUGGUUUGGGUUAUUUUUGAGUUUACCAGCCCCUGACAGUUUUUGCACUCUAACGUACCACAUAAUGAGACACACACACACACACACACACACACACACACACACACAGUGCACACAACCCCUCCAUACAUAUGUGUAUUUGGCUCCUUUUUUUGGUUCUAUUAUGAGAACUAUUAUUUUGAGGGAGUUGUGUACAAUAUGACUUUUUUGUUGAGUUUCGGGAUUUAGCCAUUAGCCAGCGAGAUCUGUUUGAAGGGGGAGAAAGGAACACACAAUUUGUUGGCCAAAUGUCUACAGAAGAGCCAUCGUGCAUCGCUUCAUGUCAGUCUUCUUUUGGUGUCAGUAUAACCCCCCCCAGCUAUAUUUUCUUCUAUAGUGAACUGACACCCAGCCUUUUAAUUUCAAAAAUAAUUGGCUUUUCAUGAUGGUUUAUAUUGAGACAGAAGACAUGUUUUCAGUUGAGAUUUGAGUCUGAAACUCACCUGUAAAGUAAAGAUCUGUGAGAGAUACAUGAAUGUAAAACUAUUCAUGUUUUGCUAUCACCAUUAACUUAAAUCAGUGUUUGUUUUGUAAUAGUUCAGUUCAUUUAUGACAAUGUGCAUUUCUUCUAAAAUAGUGAUAUUGAACAGAUAAACGUUUGCUGUGUGCUUCAGAUAUUCCAAUACAAUUUGUUCUCGUAAUGCUGGAAUAGUGAAGUAUCCUGGAUUAUCAGUAAGUGGACGAAGCAGAUGUAGUUUUGUCCUAAAAAAUGCUACUGCUAGAUUCGACCUGGCACUGCCAAAAUGUUGUAUUAAUGUUCACCUGUUUGCUGCAGACGCCUUUCCUCUCCCUCUGGACCAAAUUAGAACCUGUUAGGCCAUAUUGUUCACUGGAUUUAAUGAUGUCGAGGUAACUGGUCGUUACCAUCAUUUGCAGAUUUUACAGUGCCUUGCAGUUUGUCUUUUUAAGAUGCAAAAACCACAUACUUUGCAAUCCUGGGAUCUAAAAGCAUCAAGCCUCAAAGCUGUGUUUCUCUCUCUAGCUCUGAUUUGCCUGCUUUUCAUUCGUAGGUGUUAAAGAUUUCUCACAUUCUGAUCCUUUCAGUACAGUAUUCAAAGUACAGUAUUCACAAUAUUACAGACUUAAAGGGAAAACGUAACACUGGACAUGGUACAUGUCAUUUCAUAGUGACACAGUCUUGGUAUGCCAAACACCAACCAAACUGAUUGUCUAUUAUCAUGCCCUAGAGUUGGCAUUUAGUUGUUUACAGCAAUGUACAUUAACUUACUGAGGAAUGUUUUUGUUUAUUUCAUUUCAGUUCUUAAGUGCCAAGUGUAGAUGUCCGGUUUCCAUCCAUACUUUGAUCGAUGUAGCUAGCAUAAUGUUUGCAAAAGAGUGCUGUUAUUUUUUUGUCAUUAGAACAUAUUCGGAAGGUGUUGUGUUUACAUGGUUCUGGGCUGAUCAUAGCGAAGCAGCAGGUGGUCAGUUGGACUGAUUGUGUUAUUCACACAUUUAUUUAUUUGUUAGACUUUUGUUGAGUGGCACCUCCUUGAUAUUUCCCAUCAUAUUCAGUUGAUUUCCUAUAUUUUCUACCAGGAAGGAUUCUGUGAAUGUGUUGUGUUGGGAAAAGGUUACCCCUGAACCAUUUGACCAUGUUGUGAUGUCACGUUGCCUACCUGGGGAAAAAGUAUUUUUUGUGGAUCGCUCUGAUGUUGUGAAUUCAGUUCUCAAGUUGCUUUUAUAAGUUUGUGUAGAAGAAAGAGAAGGUUAAAAAAAAUGCUUUGUUUUAUCUUUUCAUUGUUCCACCAUGUUUAUUUUCUUUACCAAAAGUGAUGGUGGCUGUGUCACACUUUUCACUUUGGCCAUCACUAUUGAAGAAGGUCUUGCUGGUGGAAAUGCAAGCUGUUCAGUCUGUGUACGUGUCAUGAUCUGUGUGUCUAGUUUUCCUUUUCAUAACACUAGCAAGAGGCCAACCUUUUUACCCAGAAUCAAGCAGGAGAUGGUGACAGUGUGGUUUGGGAUGUCAAAACAAAGAAACUUAAUGCCAGAGGACAAAUUAAAUUAACCUUGUGAGAGUACAAAUUUACAUUUAUUGGCAAACAAACUUUUCUCAAUUCAGAAGUUGUGUGUAUUUCCAUGUAGCUAACAACUAAUUCAUACAUGUAGCAAGCAUUUAGUUUAACUUGUCAAUUAGAUGAAUAUUGUUGACACCCUCUAUCUAAAACCUUGUUGCUCUACCAGCGGUUAACAGUCAGAAAGAAAUGUGGUUGCCCUGUGGUUUGAUGCUGCCUUCUGUGCUCCUUCAAAAUAUAUAUUUCUUAGUAAGAAAUACAUGAACACGUUGCAUUCAGUUGCUUUGGGGCAGACAAACCAACCAAAUAAGCCUUUUUAUAGAAUUCCUGAGGCCACAGAGCUGCUUUGUCAUACAAGUUUUAUGUAUGUGUGUGUCGUAAUGGGCUGACAUAAAUGUUAGGUAAAUAUUUUCAGCUGUUAAGCUGCCCAGUUCCAUGAAGAUAACGCAACACAAGGCCUAUUAACAAAAAUGUAUGGCAUCUGAAACUUGAAGAGAGGAGAAUAGAAACAUACAUCAAUCCAAAUUAAAAUCAGAAAAUGCCUUUUAAGUUGGUGAUAGAGCUCUCAUGACUGCCACUUCUUAAAUGUCACAUCUCAACAACUAUGCUGCUUUCAUGUGUAAUGAAAUAAUAGAGUUCUGAAAUACUUGUCCACAAAGUGGUUACAGUAGCAGAAACGUUUGCGCAAGCUGUGCUCAUGCAUGAAGAUACCAAGUCAGUAUAAUUAUAAGUUUUCUACUACUUUCUGAGCAGCGUUAUUCCACAACAAAGGGUAACUGACUUUAAUACAUUUAUACGAAAUAAUUUUUAAAAAAAUCCAGCUCUGAUUAAAAAGCAUCCACACGAAUACGAAAUCACUGAACAACAUCAUGCAAAUGAAUUUGUCCUGGUAUUUCCUUAUGUGUAUUUACCACCCGAACCUUAACGGUCUCUAAUGUCCCAUUUGACCAAAUGCAGCAUUACUUCUCUGUUGGGCUCGUUCACGUGCACUGACCUCAUAAAUAGCGGUAUUUCUGACAGCACUGGAAGGCACCACAAGUCUAUCCUCCCCAUCAGCAGUCUGGUGAACAGUUCUCGUGAAGACUCACCAGCAAACUUCACAGACUGCAUUUUUAUACACCGACAUGGAUGCCCUCAAGUCGGCUGGGAGGGCUAUUAUCCGGAGCCCAAGUAUGGCGAAACAGUCCUGGACUGCCGGCAAACACAGAAAGCUUCCGGAGAACUGGACUGACACACGGGAGACCAUCUUAGAGGGCAUGACCUUUAACCUUCGUCACCUCGGCAUGACACUAGUAGACCAGCCCAAGGGAGAGGGCCUGUCAGCUGCUGCAGUAAAGAGGAUUGUGGCCACGGCUAAAGCCAGUGGGAAGAAGCCUCAGAAGGUUGCUCUCAAGGUUUCCCCUCAGGGAAUCGCCCUGCAUGACAGCUUGACCAAUAAACUCCUGGAAAAUGUCUCCAUAUACAGUUUCCCUAACCUGUCACCUCUGGCCUGCAGAAUAUCCUACUGCACAGUGGACAAACUGCACGAUAAAGUGUUUGCUUAUAUCGCUCAAAACACCCUCAAUGGGACCCUGGAGUGCCACGCCUACCUCUGCUCCAAGAGGAAAGUGGCUCAAGCAGUGGGUUUGACAGUAGCCCAGGCCUUCACAGUAGCUUUUGAACUCUGGCAAGUGGCCAAAGAAGAGAAAGGGAAAAGAGCCAAGUCUGGUUCAGCUGGAGAGGCCAGCAGUAGAACCCACUCAGAGAGAUCUAACAGCUUGGGGAGCCUGAAAGGGACGGAUGUUGCCACAGACAACCUAUUGAACUUUGAGGACAGUGUGAAUGUGGUAGUGGAGACCAAUGGGAAUGUAGAGGAGGAUCAGCUGGAUAACCACAGGCCCUCUGAGACCAAUAACAACCCUGCCUGGGAAAUAGAAGAUGGUUUGGAUGAAGCCUUCUCCAGCCUGGCAGUGUCGCGUACUAACCCCCAGGUCUUGGACAUUGGGGUGACACCCCAAGACUGGCUCACUGAACCCGACUGGGACAGCGCCAAUGGAAACACUCCUAACGGUCUCAGCCUGUUCGGGGACAAUAUCUUCAGCUUCUGACCACCACAACACAGCAGCGAGAGAGACACAACUGAGGGGAGGAGGGGUGUUUUGAGGUGUUCCUAUGAAUUAACAAGGCAUCACUGUGUAUUUAGGAUGAGGCUACAGUAAGUCCGUAAGGGAAUAAGCGUGGAACUGUGAGAUAACGUUUGGCCUCUUCACCUUGUUGUUGCACUCUUCACAUGGACAAUUCUUCCCUUCUAUGUGGAAACACACCAAAGCAAUAAUAUCAUCUUUCAAAAUUUACUACAUGAGUUCUGUUAUUACACUGCAAAUAUCCUUACACCAAGUCAUCUUAUGUCAGCAUCUGUAGCUCUGUUUGCUUACAUUUUUUUUUGUUUCAGUAAUUUUGGCAAUAAUCAGUGUUCUGUAUAUUUGUUUAGUUAUAAUUUAUAGUUUGUAUAAUUAUUUUUUUCAUGGAUGAAGACAAGAGUAGGAGGGGACCGAUGUAUAGACUGUAUCAACAGGCCUUAUUAACAGCAGCAGGACAAUCAGUCACACUGUAUCUUUAAGUUUAACAAAAUUAAUGAUUGCUCAAGUUUCAGUGGAUUUAGCUAAUGAGAGGAUUUGGCCUUCCACCACCUUGGGUGCUGAUUGUUUUGUCUAAAAUCUGAAAAUCAGUCUAGUUGUAUUUAUAUGAACUUGUUUUUUGUAGCGGUGGCUUAUUCAAGACAUGUUGUCACUGCAGAUUAACAGUGUUCUCUUGACAGAAGCCCAGAUGUGUUAAAGGUUAUCAGAUUCCAUUAUGGCCAUUUCAUAUACACUGUAAUCUACCAGCAUUAUACAGAAUUAAAAUCUAUGCAUGAAUAAGAAA